AUGUAUUUCACUAUAAUAUUAAUUAUUAUUCUAACAAUUUUAUUUGGACUAUACUAUGGAAUAGCAGAAUACUUUUUAAAUAAAUUAAACGUGACUAAUAAGAUCAAAGGAAUCUCUGGUCCAAAAGCAUUUCCAAUUAUUGGAAAUCAUUUGAUUAUUCGCGAUACGACAGCUGUAUUUAACCAAAUACUAAAUCUUGAAAAAUUGGAAACUUUAGAUGGAGAAGAAUUAGACGCUUUCCAUUACGUCUUCCGCUGUUCAUUGGAUGUAAUAUACGAUGUCACGCUGGGUAUGCGAAUAAAUUCGCUGAUAAAUCCGGAUUGUAAAUUAGCUAUAUCAAUAGAAUGUGCAAUGGACAUAGCAACACAAAGGAUCUUUAAAGUAUGGUUACAUCCGAAUAUAAUUUUUUAUAAUAUUGCUAGAAAAAAAAAAUUUCAGAAAAGGGAAUCUCUAUUAAGAAGUAAUAUUAAUCGGGAAUUGAUAGCCAAAAAUUUAGAUUCUUUAUUCGAGUCAUCGUACGAAGGAGAAAUAUAUUCGGAGCAAGAUAUUCGCGAUGAAAUCAAUACAAUAGUUAUACCUGAAAGCGAAAUUUCAGCCACAACCAUUAGCUUUAUAAUUUUAAUGCUUGCUACAUUUCCGAAAAUUCAAGUACAUAAAAAAAAAACUUUCGGAACGUGUGAUCAAGGAAACGUUACGUCUAUUUCCUGCAGUUCUAGUCCUCGCACGGGAAGUGACGUAAGAUAUAAUAGUAGCGCGAAAUAUUGGCCAUGGCCAUUAGUAUUCGAUCCCGGUAGGUUCCUACCGGAAAAGAAUUGUUCUACGUAUUUCUUUCCAUUUAGUUACGGUCGAAGAAAUUGCAUAGGUCAACAUUUUGCUAUGACAAUUAAGUAA